AUGUUGUUCUUGCUGAUCGGGGCUCUAUUCCUGUUCGGUAAGAUUAAAUCUGUUCAUCAUUUCAAACAUAAUUCACUUAUAAUUGUAAUGUUAUAUUUGUAGAUGUGUCCGCAGAGACUGGAGUGGGUAAGAAGAAGGCCGAAGAUACCAUUCCGGUGGUCGAACUUCGAGGAGAAGGGAAACCAAUGACCGCCGCUCAGAUCAGGCAACUCGAAACUAUCAGUAAUGGAGGGCCAUUGGAUAUUAAGGUGAGAAAAACCUUAUUUUCAAGAUUAAUUCGGGAUAAAAGAUAAGGAAUUUCAUUCCAAAUUCAGGUCGAGAACACAUGGAGACCAGCGAAAUGCCCUCGCCCAGCUCAACGAUUAGAUUUUGUGACCUUUCAUUAUAAAGGAUUCCUUGAGGAUGGAAAGAAAUUCGAUCAAACUUAUGGCCGAGGCCCCAUUACAAUACAAUUGGGGACUGGAAUGACCAUGCCAGGUCUAGACAAGGGUCUCCGGGGAAUGUGUGACACCGAAUUGAGAAAGGUCAACAUUCCAUUCAGACUCAGCAGAAAGGGGAAAAGCAAGGUCUGGAGACAGAUUCCGAAUGAUGAGCACUGGCUCUCGUUCAGCAUUGAGAUGUUGGAGGUGAAGGAGUGGAAUUUGGACGAUCAAUUCAAAUUCAUCGAUAUGAACAAGGACGGUUUCAUCACCGAAAACGAUGUAAGAAAACACAUUUAAAUCAAUUUUUUGACAUUUACAAGGGAAGUACCCCAAGUGCGACGCUCAGAUUUUCUUUAAAUUUUGAACACACGUCGGGUAUGGACUAAAUAUCAAUUCCUGAAAGUUUUAGCUCGCGCUUUGCAGGCGGCGCCGAGAUAUCGGACGAUUUAUGCCGCCGAGAGAGCACGCUAAACGUGGAGAGCGGUCAGAGAGAAAAACGCUUUUUGGCCAUAACUUUGGCAGUUUCGUGCGGAAAAAUCUGAUUUUUUGUAGAAACAUUAUCCUUUACGGUAGAAAUAGGCAUGAAACUUUUCGUGCCGAAAUUCGGCAAAAAGUCCUAAAUUUUCGCCGACUUUCGAUCUAAAAAUCUCGGUUGUUUCUGCAAAGCGCGAGCUAGGAUUCUCGCAUAUAUCUUAGAAAAAAUUAUUCUAAAUUUGUGACAAGUUUCAUCAAAAUCUGAGCGUCGCACUUGGGGUACUUCCCCUGUUAGUUGAAUCCUGGCGGGAAAUAUUUUUUUUUAAUUUUAGGUUGUCAAAUUCUUGGAAGAACAGAAGAAACAGUACGGAAAAACGUGGAAAAACGAAGAUAUUGACAAUGUUCUAGCCGCAAGAUAUUAUAUAAAAUACUUUGACGUCAAUGAAGACAGCAAGAUUUCAUUGGAAGAAUUCAAAGAGGUCAUGAACAGGGACAUCAAGGAGAUGGAGAGCAAGGAAUUGGCCGUUGCUGGAGGCAAACAAAAAUCCAAAGGCAAGAAGAGGGAUCCCUCAAUUGCUUGGAUCCUCGAUUUCAACAACGACGGCAUCAUCAGUUACGAAGAGAACGACUCCGCCGAUGUUAUUCUACAGUCAGCUCCCGAGAGAUUGCCGCAGAAGUCACGAAAAGAAGAAUUAUAA